CGCCGUUAUUUAAGGACUGCCUACAGCUCACUGGAGUGGCAAGGCAAGCAGAGUGACUGAGUGAGAGUGAGCUGGCCACGCUCCCCUCCUAGCUGAGCUGAGCUGAGCUGCUCCUCCGAGGAAGAAGGAAACAUGGAUCCCUGCAAGUUCCGCCCGUCGAGCACCUUCGACAAGAAGACGACGACGACGAACGCCGGCCAGCCAGUGUGGAACGACAACGAGGCGCUCACCGUCGGCCCGCGCGGCCCGAUCCUGCUGGAGGACUACCACCUACUGGAGAAGAUCGCGCACUUCGCACGCGAGCGCAUCCCGGAGCGCGUCGUGCACGCGCGCGGCGCCUCCGCCAAGGGCUUCUUCGAGUGCACGCACGACGUCACCGGCCUCACCUGCGCCGACUUCCUGCGCGCGCCCGGGGCGCGCACCCCGGUCAUCGUCCGCUUCUCCACCGUCAUCCACGAGCGUGGCUCGCCGGAGACCAUCCGCGACCCGCGCGGGUUCGCCGUCAAGUUUUACACGCGCGAGGGCAACUGGGACCUGCUGGGCAACAACUUCCCCGUCUUCUUCAUCCGCGACGGCAUCAAGUUCCCCGACGUCAUCCACGCCUUCAAGCCCAACCCCAAGUCGCACGUCCAGGAGUACUGGCGCGUCUUCGACUUCCUCUCCCACCUCCCCGAGAGCCUCCACACCUUCUUCUUCCUCUUCGACGACGUCGGCAUCCCCACCGACUACCGCCACAUGGACGGCUUCGGGGUCAACACCUACACCUUCGUCACCCGCGACGGCAAGUCACGCUACGUCAAGUUCCACUGGAAGCCCACCUGCGGCGUCAGCUGCCUCAUGGACGACGAGGCCACCCUCGUCGGCGGCAAGAACCACAGCCACGCCACCCAGGACCUCUACGACUCCAUCGACGCCGGCAACUUCCCCGAGUGGAAGCUCUUCGUGCAGGUCAUCGACCCCGACGAGGAGGACAAGUUCGACUUCGACCCGCUCGACGACACCAAGACCUGGCCCGAGGACCUCGUCCCGCUCCAGCCCGUCGGCCGCCUCGUCCUCGACCGCAACGUCGACAACUUCUUCAACGAGAACGAGCAGCUCGCCUUCGGCCCCGGCCUCGUCGUCCCCGGGAUCUACUACUCCGACGACAAGAUGCUGCAGUGCAGGGUGUUCGCCUACGCCGACACGCAGCGCUACCGCCUCGGACCAAACUACCUCAUGCUCCCCGUCAACGCGCCCAAGUGCGGAUUCAAGAACAACCACUACGACGGCGCCAUGAACUUCAUGCACCGCGACGAGGAGGUCGACUACUACCCGUCCCGCCACGCGCCGCUCCGGCAAGCCGACCCGCCCAGCUUCCCCGUGCCGACACGGCCCAUAGUAGGAAAAAGGGAGAAGACGAGGAUCAAGAAGGAGAACGACUUCGUGCAGCCUGGGGAGAGGUACCGCAGCUGGGCGCCCGACCGGCAGGACAGGUUCUGCAAGAGGUUUGCUGAUGCGCUGGGCCAUCCCAAGGUCAGCCAUGAGCUCAGGAUCAUCUGGAUCAACUUCCUCAGACAGUGUGACGAGUCGUGUGGGAUGAAGGUGGCCAACCGCCUCAACGUCAAGCCAAGCAUGUGAUGGAUGGAUCUGCAAUGGACCGGUGUGUCUAAAAGUUUGACCUGUAAAACUUUGUGCUAUAUAUCUCCCGGACCAUCAAUAAGAGACCAUGUCCAGAUCUACUGUACAUGGAUCAGGCAUGGGAUCAAUUAUCUACUGUGCUAUUACAAAGUUAUUAUGUUGCUAUCUUCUGUAAUGUCGCAGUGCCCUUCCUGGUCCAGCUAUAACUAAAGUGGGUAGUACUGUGCUUUCGGACCAA